GCAGACGGACCUGGUUUUUAUAGUAGCAUGCGUGUCAUAGGUUACCUAGCUAACCUGCAGACCCAGUAAGGGCAGUUAGGGGCAAAAAGCACUGACCACUGGACUGAAUGAGUAGAGCUUAGAUCGGUAAGGUUAGACCACAGAUAUGCGGUUGCUGUUUUUAGCUUGCCUUACUCCCAAAACUGGGAACUGCUUCACUGCAGAGAGGAUAAAGGAUCACAUCGAGGGCGCAGGGCACACGUGUGUACUUCGAGAUGUGGCGGAGUUCAAGUCUGCCUCUGAUGUGACUCUGCUGAUGACCCAAGAAGGACCAUUCGAAGGAGCACUGGCCAUUCAUCUCUUCAAAGGAGGCAGACUGCUCUUAGACGCUGGAGUGCCUUUCGGGGUUGUGUUCGGAGGGACGGAUGUUAACGAGGACGUGAAGGACGAACACAAGCGAAAGGUGAUGGAGGAAGUUCUGAGCCGGAGCAGAUUUGCUGUGGCGUUCAGUGAAGAACUGAAGGAGAAAGCUGAAGCUGUUCUGGAGUGCGGGACCUGUACGAUCUUUGUUCAAGCUCAAGGAAUUGAGACCGGAGUGAGCUCAGACUUCAGCUGGAGUGGGUUUUUACAUCGCUCAGGCGUGUGUGUGAAUACAGUAGAAGACCUGCGCGUGUUUCUGCUGGUGUGUGGUCUCAGAAAAGUGAAGGACCCUCUCUACCUCCUGAAAGCUUUCUCAGAGUGGCAUGCUGAGAACCCGCAGGUGAUCCUCAUCAUCAUCGGCCCAAAGGUUGACCCUGCGUUUAGUGUAGAAGUAGAAGAAAGUGUCAAAAGAUCUGCUGGUGUGUUGGCUGCAGAAAGGACUCAGGAGGAGCUGCACACUGUUAUGCAGAAAUCUUUCGCCCUGGUCAAUUCCUCUGUUUCUGAAGGCAUGUCCGCUGCAAUCUUAGAGGCCAUGGAUUUGGGCGUGCCGGUUUUGGCCAGGGAUAUUCCCGGGAAUGCUGCAAUAGUGAAACAUGAAAUGACCGGGCUGCUGUACUCCUCACCGGAGGAGUUCGUGAGCCUUUCCAAAAGACUGCUGAGUGAUGCCGAACUCCAGGAGACCCUCAAGAGGAACGGGAAACUCUACGUUUCGGAGUCCCACAGCUCUGCCAGAGAAAGGACGACCUACCAGCAGCUGGUGGACAUGCUCCAUUGACAGUCGGAUGGACUUGACCUUCACCAGGUUCAUCGCGUCUUUUAGCUCAAACCCAAUUUUAAAGCUCUUCGUUGAUGUUUUUGUUAAAUGCCGUCUUUUGUACGUGUUAAAUUAUUUUAAUAAAUUUAGGCAAAAGGGACGAACAGUGGGUGGAGCUGUGUGUACUUAAGUUUGUGUUGCGGAAUUGAAUUAGAGCUGCAUUAACCUUGACUUUCUUAAGCUCUAGUGAGAAUCAGUCCCGCAACAACAACCUGUAUUCACACUCGGCUCCGGGGGUUUAACUGUCUGUGCACUAAUUCAAAGGAGGUGAGGCACAAGUGGGCCUUUCUUUCCACAAGCUUUGGGUAGCAGAGGUUCUCUAAGGCUGCCGUUUUAUUAUUAGAUACAGUUAGGAAAGAUCUGAAAUGCAAUUUCUGACUGAUGUUGUUACACAAGGAUAGGAAAGGGCCUGUGAGAUGUGUUUACUUGGAAGAAAAAUUUGCCUUUUUAAUGGUUUCUUUAUUGCAGAUGCCCUCUUAGGCAUUUGACCAGGCUUUGACCAUAGCUUUUUGAGUCUGCAGUGGUGGAGAGUUUUUUAAAACCAACUAUUCAGGGUCCAUUUCAUCACAAACUAACCAAGUCACAUACAAUCCAUUGCGUCACCCAGCUGAAGCAAAGCCAGUUGUAAACAUGACAUCUAAUAUAUUGUUGCUGUCGGGACAAAACCUCAUAUCUUCAUUUUUUGCUUUUCACUUUUUGAUAUGAUUUCAAAAGGUCAAUUGCCGUUUAUGAUGUGUCAGGAAUUUAGAUGAACGUGCCAACAGAACUGGUCCAAAAUUAUUAGGGAAAAUAGAUUUAUCCAUUCAUUUCCAUUAAAAAUUAGGGUAUAUAUUUCCUUUUUUGGAGAUACGAGGUUUUGUUCCGACAGCAGCGAGAUUUUUGAUAGAAAAAGAAUAUUUUCAGAAACAGGUAAACUAGUAAAUCUCCAGUCUUACUCUGGAAAUGCAUUUAUCAUAUCAGUUAUCAAUGCAUUUAUUUAUAGUACUGAUUUUAUAGAAGCAGGAUAUUACUUAAGAGAGAUUACGGUUCACAUUGUUUACUAAGGAAGCACAAUUCAUGUAAACUUAAGACAAUUUAAGAAUCCUAAAUCCAAUGUAUGGUGGUGGUACUGCUGAUCUGGGGUUCUCUAAUGUUACUCUUAAAGAAUGCAUGUGUGGUUAUGUUCAGGGGCUUAUAAAUAUUCAUGUGUACAUAUAUGCAGCGCUGUUAUCUGGGCAGUAUGUUUCUGCCUUUAAAAACACCAUAUAACAUUAGAAUGAAUGCAGUAAAAGCAGCAAGAAUUUCCUGUUUUUAACAAAGUAGUUGAGCCAGUUUGAAGAACAAAGAUUUGCUUCCACAUUUCUCCUCGAUGCCUCCAGCCACUGUAUGGAUUUAUUCAGCUCUUUCACCAGCACUCUUAAUUUAACAAGUAUUAAUUAAGCAAAGAUAUCGGGAGGUUAACUAUACUUAAUGCUGGCCUUCCUCGAGGAGACAUUUGGAAAUCGUUAAACAAACACAUUGACAUACAUAAAAUCACUGCCUGUGUUGAUAUAAUUUGUAUUUAUUCUAAUAUUAGUGUUUUUCUGAGCAGCUGCCCAAUUAAAAAGCUUUUAAAAUAAAAUUUAAUCAUAUUCAACAGUGCUGUAUGUUGGUACGUUGAGGCAGUAACUUUUUUUUUUUUCCUUGAAUCUUUAUUCUCUUCAAUGUAAAAGCAUUCUAUAAGUUAUUUGACAAAUAUUAUGAUUCAUAAUAUUACGUCGAGACAUUUCGGCAUCAUGCAUUGUCUUCUGAAUGUUCUUCAGAUAUAUGAAAAUGGAAUGUAACUAUGAAAAUAA